GCCUCCUGCAAGGAGGGCUCCCAGAAACAUCUCGAGGAAAGGGUAAUAGGCUGCAGGGAGAGAGGCUGCAUCCUUUACAGGGAUCUCAUCGAAGCGACAGUGAUUUAUGAGCGCUUUCUCGAUUGAGCCUCUAAGCCCAUCGCGCAGGAAACAUCACUUGCGUGAUCUGUAAUAGUUUUCAAGGCACAAGGGUUAACGCUUUUCCUUCCAGCCGGCCUACAUGCUAUUCUCCCUCCCACCCCCGUUCCAAAGAAGAUAUAAAUGAGGGGGAAGGAGUCAUCUUCCUUAUAGAACCUGGCCCUGCUCACUGGGUAAAGGAUGGGGCCCCCUCAGCUCCUCUCUCUGGUCCUGUUGAUCCAAAUAGUUCCUUCCCAGCUCACUGAAGGCAAGAGCCUGGCAAUGCAGACCUCGUUGGGGACCGCAAUCGGAGAUGCGCCACAGACACCACUAGGUAUGACAACCAUUUGGGAAUUCUUAAGAAGCUCCUACACCUCCCUGGACAUGGCAGGACUCCAGAACAGCCUGCUCAAGUCACUUCCUAGCCCGGCCAGGAGCCGUCCCAAGCGGAGCGCAUGGGAGAGGCCCGAGGACCGGGAGUGCCGCCUGCGAAGCCUGCAGGUUCGCGUCAAGGACCUGGGCUUGGGCUACAGCUCCGAGGAGACCAUCCUCUUCAAGUUCUGCAGCGGCAGCUGCCCCAAGGCCCGCAGCAACCAUGACCUGACCCUCUCCGCUCUGCUGCAGAGGAGCGAGAUACCGGCCAUGGGGGACCCCUGCUGCCGCCCCACACACUAUGAGGAUGUGGCUUUCCUGGACGACAGGCACCAGUGGCAGGAGGUGGAGCAGCUUUCGGCCGCUGCCUGCAGCUGUGUGGGCUGACGGUGUGGUGUUGUUUUUUUGAGGGGGCGAGGGGAGGGAUAAAUUAAUGCAGACAUGGGGCAGCAGCAGAGCCCACAGUAGAACAGGCCACCUUUACAUUGCCCCACCAACGCAGUCCUUGGCUCAGAGAUGUGCUUUUAGCCACCAAUUAAUGUGUAACUAACAAGGACGCCCCAGCAUGGGGUGCCCAGGCCCCUAUGCUGCUCCCCAGU